AUGGGUUCAUCAGCUUCAAAGCAAGGUAGUAGGAAGCUAGCCAAGACGGUCUCCGAUGCAGCCACGAAUCAUAUCAAACGAAGUGAUGUCAAUCCUUUGUCGAAUUCGAAACAUCUACAACAAUCGCAACAACAACCUCAAGUAAAUCAAGAUGAAAAUCAAGACUCUCAUCACGUCAUUCCUACUUCAAAUAGUUCAAUACCGUUGAAUAAUACUUCUCCAGAUGAAAGUUUGAAUCAGAAUGAAACUGCAUUUAGAGCAAACACUUCCACGUCGUUUGAUCCACGAUUUUUACAUAAGAAGAUUAAGAAUCAAAAAACCAAUAUCCAACAACAACUGCAACUCCGAUCUCAAUCUCAAAUCGAACCCGAAGGAAAAGAUGGUCGUGAUCCACAUGAAGUAGGAACUUCAACAUACGAUCAAUCUUUUCUCAGUUCAAUAAAUAAAUUAGGGAAACAAAUUAAAACAGUUGAAUUUAAUCCUACAUCAAAUGAUAAGAAUGCAUUAGUAUUAAAACAACUACGAUCUAGAAAAAAACUAUAUGAAUUAGGAGAAGAAGAAAAUAGAAAACAAAUGGAACAAACUCCCGAAUCACAACAAUUACAAAAGACAAUGGUAAAUCCACAAACUUUGACAUCUAUACUAAAGGAUUUGAAAGAUCCAAGAGUGGAUAAUAAAACAAUUUUAAAAGAUUAUCAAUUAGAACCUGAUUUUUUAAUUGGGUUAGAAUAUUUUCAAGUACCCACUAAUAUAGUUGAAUUUGAAGAAGAAUCUAAAGAGGAUGAAGUGGGACAUAAAUCAAAGUCUAACACAUUUAAAUCAAGAAAAAUAGAUGAUGAAACGCCAGAUGAGAAUGAAAAUGAAGGUAUUGAUAGUAGUACUUACAAGAAGUUGCAAAAGAGAAUAAGUCUAGAUGAUUAA